GCCACUGAGAGGGGCGAUGUGCCGGACGAGGACAGUCAGGCAAAUGCAGACUCCGCUGACCUCAGCGAUUUGCUGGAGACAGGCGACACAGAAACGACUGGGCCCAUGAGGCCGCAAGCACAAGCUGUUACUUCCGCAGCUGCACGCUUGACCAUGGGCGGCGAGGACGAGACCGGGAAGAAGAGACGCAAGAAGGAGUCGAAGGAGACACCGCUUGCGUUAGAGGACGCCGUGGAAGAGGACGGGGCAGGCAAGGGCGCCGCGGAGGACCUCAAGCAGCUUAAGGAGGAUGACCCGGACAUGUUCGAAGUCGCCUCGAAGCAUGCCGAGCUGAGCAGAAGUUCCGGCAAGUUGGCCAUGUGGUGGCAGUUGCGUGUGCCGCUAGCAUUCCGCGACGACUUUGAUGGCCGCAAUAUCACAGGGGCACCGUGCUUGCUUGGGAGGGAUGCGUGA